GUAAUAAAUAAUAAAAAACAAAAUAUCCAACAAUUAUGUCUACCUAAAUCUUCUAUUUUGACGAAGUUUCUUUGAAAAAAUGCGAUCUUUAGUUCUGGCUUGUCUUGCCCUAGUUUUCUUAGGUGAGGUCUACGCGAAGAGUGUGAAGUCUCAUGGUAGAAGGUCGAAGUUUUCCCACAAAUCUAAACAUGACAAAGCAGGAGUUAGCAAGCGGCAGUUUGUACCGUAUGCGCCUUUUAUGCAACAAUAUCCCAUGAUGAGGAAUGGACAUAUGCCCCAUAUCCACCGCCUGAUAGUUCAUCACCAUCCGGAUCAUUCGUUCUGUGAGCCUGUUCCGUGUCAAAAUGGUGGCCAGUGUACUGUGGUACCUAAUGGUUACGAAUGCACCUGCUCGCCAGGGUUCAUGGGAACCCAUUGUGAACUGCGGAGUUUGUGCGAGCCAAACCCUUGCCGUAAUGGCGGCACGUGCUACGAUGUAGGUCAGGGGUACGAGUGCACGUGCGCUCGAGGAUUCAAGGGGGAGAACUGCGAAGAAAUUAACAAGUGCCACCCUAACCCGUGCCGUAACGGAGGAAUGUGCACAGGGACUACCAGUGUAACCGGGUACCAGUGCACCUGCCGAGAGGGAUUCAAAGGAUUCGACUGUGAAGAAAUCAACUUGUGCGUUCCCAAUCCAUGUAAGAAUGCAGGGACCUGCACAGAGAAGGGUGGAGGCCGAUACGAUUGCACUUGCCCCAUCGGCUUCAAAGGCGUCACAUGUGAAGAGCGCAGUAUUUGUUUCUCAAACCCGUGUCUUCACGGAGGAAGUUGUGUCGAUGAAAUGUACGGCUUCCGCUGCAAUUGCCCGAUAGGGUACAACGGAGUCACGUGUCAGAAUCACGUGUGUCGGCCCAAUCCCUGCCAGAAUGGAGGUUCCUGUUUGGAGGAGGGAGGACUGGGUCGAUGUAUAUGCCAGAUGGGGUACCAUGGACAGCACUGUGAAAUGGUUAGCGCAUGCGUAUCGCAUCCCUGUCUUCAUGGAGGCACGUGCGUCGACACGUCAUUCAUCCACUCUGGAAUCGCCCCUGGCUCUCUAAUGCUCGGCACGGUCACUAUUAACACAGACACCCCACAAUCGUUUGUUUGCAAAUGCGUCUCACCGUAUGCCGGGCCGCACUGUGAAGAUGACAGAUGCCGAUUCUGCAGUGUGAACGCCGAUUGCAUCUUGGGGCAUUGUGUGUGCAAGGAUGGUUACCAUGGCGACGGAAAGACAUGUAAUAAGAACGUUUGUCACCCCAAUCCAUGCCAUAAUGGAGCCACGUGCGUCGCUACAGAUUCUUCGUUCGAUUGUGAUUGCGUGGCGGGAUGGACCGGACCACUCUGUCAAACGCGACAAUACUGCAUCCCUAAUCCGUGUCAAAACGGAGGCACGUGUGUCCCGCAAGAGAACGGCUACCGGUGUACCUGCCAGGCAAACUACGAGGGGAACGACUGCGAACGUGCCAAUCCCUGCUCACCCAACCCUUGCAGGAAUGGCGGCACUUGCAGCGAGAUGAACAACGCUGCCGUCUGCGCAUGCGGGGUACAGUUCGAGGGCAACCAAUGCGAGAUUGAUAAAUGCGCCAAGUGCGACAUGCACGCCACAUGCAGGAAUGGCAAAUGUGUCUGCAUGGAGGGCUAUGAAGGCGACGGAGAGACGUGCACAGCUAAGAGAGGACCACCUGGAGGAGGGGUACCAAGUCACCCACCGCCACUUCCUCAGCCACCUCCAUCCAUUAUACCUCCACCGACAACGCCCUUACCGCAGACUGUACCGACACCGCCACGGCCACCAACCACAAUGACGACGAUACUGACUACUAUUGCUACUUCAGGGCCACCGGGAGGUGCACCUAGUCCAAUGGGAGGGGGUCUCCCUGGGGGACCUAGUGGAUCUCCUGGCGGUCUAAGUGGACCUGCAGGUGGGGGUACUGGUGGCCUGACUGGUGGCUCCCCUGGGGGUGCUCCUGGAGUUUCCCCAGAGGGUUCCCCUGGUGGUCCGCCUGGAGUUUCCUCAGGGGGUUCCCCUGGUGGUCCGCCUGGAGUUUCUCCAGGGGGUUCGCCUGGGGUUUCCCCAGGGGGAUCCCCUAGUGGUCCGCCUGGAGUUUUCCCAGGGGGAUCCCCUAGUGGUCCGCCUGGAGGCUCCCCAGGGGGUCCUCCUGGUACAAGUCCAUCGGAGGGUGGCCCCCCGUCUGACGAUCCGUCCUUCGAUGUACCGGAGUACCGCCGUGCCCUUAUAAUGAAUACAGCAUCUUGACGCGACAACUGAACAACAUGCAACGACAAAUGACUCUUAGGCUGGCCGACUACUUCAUAACAGACUGACGGCGAUUGUCAUUCUUCACAUUUAGUUUACUGUACAAGAAGUGUACAUGACACCAAGUACAUACGGUGCCACCUGUUUAUUUUAAAUGAUGACACCGCACUUGACUUGAAUCUCAAAUGUGUGGUAUGCCGCAGUGGCUCGUGGGUAGUUAUUUUAAUUACUGAAUCCUGGAAUCUGAAAGCCAUGCCAAUGUGUAAAUUUUACAAAACUGUUUUUGUAUUCCCUGCUAACAGAGGCCUCUUUUCUUUGUAUUUCGCUUGGCUGGCGCUCUUCUCUUUUCUCCUCUCUUUUCCUCUCGAACGCCGGCCCAGCUAAAUACAAGGAAAAGAGGCCUCUGCUAGCAGAAUAUUGGUAUUUCAUUUACUCUAAUUUUCCUAUCUAGUAUUUGAUAUCCAUGAAGCAGUGCGGGUUGCGAUACACAGAUUCCCGAGUGCAACCUUAUUAGUAUUAGUUUAUCGUAGCUGCUUGACGAUAAUGGCUCAAAUUACUGUCUUCUAUUUUGCGUAAAUUUAUCGAUGUACCAGGUGUACACGACAUUUUGUACUUCUAUUGAUACAUAUCACAUAACUGUUUUGUCUCACUUGUAAAUAUAAAUAUACAUCUCUUUAUAUUGAUUGAAUCAGGAUAAAUAAAGAUAUAAAGUAGUCACAUUA